UUCUCCCCCCCCCCCCCCUCUCUCGCUCUUUCUCCUCCCGGCUCGCGCGCGAGACACUGGUCAAAGGGGAGUCGGCGGCGGCGGUAGCAACCUCGCUCCGGUGAUCGCUAGGGCAGGAGGCGCUGGUGCUGCGGUUCUUACUCCCCGGCGGCGAGCGCACAUGGGUAGAAACGGGAGCGUCAAGCGCCCUGCGGCGGCGGCGGCGGCAGCCGUGGCGGCGCUAGCGUUCACGGUGAUGCCCGCCGACUACCGUCUUAUGGAGGAGGUGGGGUACGGCGCGCACGCCGUCGUGUACCGCGCGGUCUUCGUACCCAGGAAUGAGACUGUUGCUGUCAAGUGCCUGGAUCUCGACCAGCUCAACAAUAACAUCGAUGAAGUACAAAGAGAGGCUCAAAUAAUGAGCUUGAUAGAUCACCCUAAUGUCAUCAGGGCUUACUGCUCCUUUGUUGUGGAGCACAGCCUUUGGGUGAUAAUGCCAUUCAUGACGGAGGGUUCAUGUUUACACCUUAUGAAGAUUGCGUAUCCUGAUGGUUUUGAGGAGCCUGUUAUUGCAUCGAUCCUAAAAGAAACACUUAAGGCUCUGGAGUACCUUCACAGGCAAGGACAAAUCCAUCGUGAUGUCAAGGCUGGUAAUAUCCUUAUUGAUAGUGCUGGUGUAGUGAAGCUUGGGGACUUUGGUGUUUCUGCUUGCAUGUUUGAUAGAGGUGAUAGGCAGAGAUCUAGGAACACAUUUGUGGGAACACCAUGCUGGAUGGCUCCAGAAGUGCUCCAGCCAGGCACUGGAUAUAACUUCAAAGCUGACAUAUGGUCAUUUGGAAUAACGGCACUUGAACUAGCGCAUGGCCAUGCUCCAUUUUCAAAGUACCCCCCUAUGAAGGUUCUUCUUAUGACUCUCCAGAAUGCACCACCUGGUCUGGACUAUGACCGCGACAGAAGAUUUUCAAAGGCAUUUAAAGAGAUGGUUGCAAUGUGCUUGGUUAAAGAUCAAACAAAGAGGCCAACAGCUGAGAAGUUACUCAAGCAUUCAUUUUUCAAAAGUGCAAAACCUCCAGAAUUGACAAUGAAGGGUAUCUUAACUGAUUUGCCUCCUCUAUGGGAUCGUGUAAAGGCACUCCAGCUUAAAGAUGCAGCACAGUUGGCAUUGAAGAAAAUGCCUUCUUCUGAGCAGGAGGCACUUUCCCUGAGUGAAUACCAACGAGGUGUUAGCGCAUGGCACUUUGAUAUUGAAGACCUCAAGGCUCAAGCAUCACUAAUUUAUGAUGAUGAAGCACCUGAAAUAAAAGAAGAUGAUGACACUGCAAGAAUCAUUGAAGUCGAAAAGGAUUCAUAUUCCCGGAAUUCUUUGGGGAAGCCAUCAUCUGCAAAUCAAAAUAACUGCAGUGAACAAACCUCUAUGGCAAAUUUGGAUGGAGAAGGCCUUAUACCAAAUGAAGCUAUCGAUAUUGCAGUCAGCAAUGCGGAUUGUAAAAGGAUGCCCAAUGGAUAUGAAAAUUCUAGAGCACGGAAUGAUUCCUUGCCCUCUACAUCUACAUCAAAGCAGGAUCCAGAGUCAAAAUAUUGGAGAAGUAAUGUUGGACAGAAACAACAGAAUUCUGGUGGUCCGGUGGAAAGUGGUGUUAAUAAUAGCCCAACAAUAGAAAGGAGUCACAAUUUUGAAAGGGAUGGAACUUCUCCAAAAGCAUCUGACAAACAUGGAAGCGAUACAAGAAGAGCCGCAAAUCUUAGUGGUCCAUUAUCAUUGCCUACGCGUGCUUCUGCAAACAGUCUGUCAGCUCCUAUUCGUUCUUCAGGAGGAUAUGUUGAUUCAUUGGGGGAUAAAUCUAAACGCAGUGUGGUGCAUAUUAAAGGCCGGUUUUCCGUGACAUCUGAGAACGUUGAUCUUGCAAAGGUUCAGGAAAUUCCAUUGAGUAGCAUCUCACGCAAAUCACCACAUGGUAUACAGCUAAGAAAAUCUGCAAGUGUUGGUGAUUGGGUUGUCAACGCUAAACCAAUGUCUAACAGUCAACAUGUGAAGGAACUCUGCAAUAGUUCAGUAUCAUCGUCAAUUCUGAUUCCCCACCUUGAGAACCUUGUGCAACAGACUACGCUUCAACAAGAUCUGAUUGUUAACCUACUAAGUAGCAUGCAACAGAAUGAAAAUGUUGAUGACGGGCAGUCUGGCAUUCCAUCGCAAGUCCGCAUUGUGGAGAGUGAGGCAGUGGUUGGAACAGCUAAUACUGAGAAAGAACGAUCAUUACUUGUUAAAAUUUCAGAAUUGCAAUCUAGAAUGAUUACUUUGACUGAUGAACUAAUUACAGCUAAGCUAAAACAUGGUCAGUUGCAGCAAGAGCUAAACACAUUGUACUGCCGAGAAGAAAUAGAAGACACUAGGGAUGAGGACAGCGAAGAAACAUAACAAACAGAAUGAUCCGCUGAUAUGAGUAGGUUGCCCAUAACAGCUCGAAUGUUCAGCUGACACCAGUGCCUGAUUGCUUUUGCAUCGAGAUUUGGCCAACCACCUGACGAUGAUUUUCAGAAGAGAAGCAGUAUUCAUAUAAUCCUGAACAGGGUGCUCUCGAAAAAACAAAGGUUAUUUGAAGGUUGGCAUGCCCUUUGGCCUGUUGCCAUCGGUGUGUAUAUCACUAGUUUUUGUUUAGCUUCUUUUUCAGUUUAAUUUUUCAAUGGGUUUUGCUGGCCGUAAAUUGCAGUCCUGUGUAUUUUCUGUUGUGACCACACAUAUCAUUGAAAUAUUUGUGAUUAUUCCGUAGACUGUAGGAUGCCCGUUGGUUUUCAACAUCAUGCAGAAGACUGACUGCAGAAUAAACUGUAUUUUAUCCAGCAGUGGCAUGUAUAAUUAUGUUAUUAAAACAUCAUCAUUUGAUACC